AUGCAAAUAAAUACAGCUUAUGCUCAUAACAGUAGUCUCUCUUUGAAGUCCUUGCUCCCUAGUCAUGUUGCUCCAACUGCCACUCAUGUGAUGAUGGAUGGGGAGGAAAAUGUUGAAAAGAUAACUGGAUUUAUAUUUUUGUGCAAUAGAGAAACAAAACCUGAGUGCUAUCGCUAUCGUGUUUUUGGGCUGCCUCGGGGAAAUUUAGACAUAGUUGAGAAAAUUGAACCGGGUACAAAGCUCUUUCUAUUUGAUUUUGGUGUGAAGCGCCUUUACGGCAUUUACACUGCCAUUUCUUGGGGAGGGAUGAAUUUGGAACCAGCUGCAUUUAAUGGGAAAUUUCCAGCACAGGUGAGGUUUAAGAUUGUCAGUGACUGCUUACCUCUUGCCGAGAGUGCUUUGAAACAUGCCAUUAGAGACAACUAUCAAGGUUCUAAGUUUAGACAAGAGUUGAGUACUGAACAAGUGAAAACUUUAGUAUCAUUGUUCUGGUCAAUUGAUUUGCCACCAUCUACAUCUGGGGUGGCCACUUUUGCAAAUGUGGCUCCAGCACAUGCAUAUCCUUCUGCAAUUACUGUGGAGAAGGUUCUACCACCCGCAAGACCACAUUCUCUAUAUUUGCCUGGGGCAAACCAUGCUUACACCUUUCUUGGGGGAUUGGUUCAACCUUCUAAGCAUCUCCAUUAUGUUCCUCAUAAUACUCUUCCUCCUCAGAGUAACCAAUAUUAUUCAGCAGAAGCACAUCUGCCAUACUUGCCUGAGAAAUCUUUAGUGUCUGCUUAUGAUCCUCGAAGGAGACAAACUUCAGGAGAAACAAUCACACCAAUUCUAACUAUCGAACAAACUCAAUUCUCUGGUGUUACCGUUUAUGAGGUCGCAAUGGAGAUGUGUCUGAGGAACCAUGUUGCUAGACAUGAAAAUCAACAUCACGUGCCCCAGUUGCCAAAGGACAGAGAUACUGUUUUGCAUUCAGACAAUGUAGCCAAUGAUUAUAACCAAAACCUACCUUCGGCAACAGCCUCACAUGCUUCAUUGCAGUCUCAAGGUUUAGCACCAAGCUAUGCUUUGCCAGCAUCUUCCAGUAUGCAAAAGCAGUGGCAAACACAACAGCCGUUGCAAUCAACUUAUCAAUCUUAUUACACUCAACCAACUCAUGAGAAUCAAGGUCUAGCAUACAACAAUCGUCUUCAGUGUUCAAUGCUUAGAACAUCUAGUGCAGCCGAACUAUAUUUACCAGUCUCUGCCAAGUUUUCCUUUGCUGGAGCAGCUUCAACUUAUCAACAUUAG